AUUGCCUUUUCAGCGGGAUUCACACCCCCCUCCACUCUGAAUUCAGACAAAAGCCAGUACAGGAAGAUUCGCAACCCUGAAUGUUUAAUGAACGUUAGUGAAAUUAUCAGAUAUCAUGGAUACCCCAGUGAGGAAUAUCAAGUUACUACGAAGGAUGGAUACAUUCUUGGUGUUUUCAGAAUUCCUGGUGGGAGGAACAACCGAAAUACAGGGCAAAAACCUGUAGUCUUCCUGCAGCAUGCUUUUCUAGGAGAUGCUACCCACUGGAUUUCUAACCUGCCCAACAACAGCUUGGGCUUCCUCCUCGCAGAUGCUGGCUAUGAUGUCUGGAUGGGAAACAGCCGAGGGAACACUUGGUCUUUAAAACACAAAACCCUUAAUCCCAGCCAGAAAGAGUUCUGGCAGUUCAGCUUUGAUGAAAUGGGUAAAUAUGACAUUCCAGCAGAGCUGUACUUCAUCAUGAAUAAAACUGGACAGAAGGAUUUAUAUUAUGUUGGUCACUCUGAAGGCACAACAAUAGGUUUCAUAGCAUUUUCUACAUAUCCUGAGCUGUCUAAACGAGUGAAAAUGUUCUGUGCUCUGGGCCCAGUAACCACAUGCUUAUACGCUACAAGCCCUCUGAUUAAGAUAACAAAUGUUCCUGAUUCACUGCUUAGGUUAGUAUUUGGCUACAAAGGAGCCAUGCACCAAAUCGGAUUUCUGAAAGGACCUGUGACAGAGUUGUGUACAAACCUGGAUAAGUUUUGUGGCCAUGUAUUAUGCUACAUAGCUGGAGGCAACAUAAAAAAUCUGAACACGAGUCGAACAGAUAUAUACGUAGGACAUGCCCCGGCCGGGACAUCAGUACAGAACAUUAUUCAUUGGCAUCAGCUAACACAUGCAGACCAGUUUCAAGCUUAUGACUAUGGCUCUAAGGAAAACAUGAAGAAAUACAACCAGUCUACUCCUCCUGUGUACAAGAUCGAGAAGAUAAACACACCAAUUGCUGUUUGGAGCGGUGGAGAUGACAAAUUUGCAGAUCCAAAAGACAUGGCAAUGCUACUUCCUCGGAUUACUAAUCUCAUUUACCAUGAGCAUUUUCCUUCUUGGGGACAUCUUGAUUUCAUCUGGGGCCUUGAUGCAGCUGAGAAAAUGUAUCAGAAAAUCAUUGAAAUAAUAACAAAAUACCUUUGA